GGGUAUCACCGGAGCAACGGAAGAACAACCAAAUAUGUCGUCGCCGGAGCGCCGAAGCGAGGCCGUGGCUGCAAAGAAGGACGAGGUCACCGACGACGGCGGCGAAAACAACAAAGCAUCCAUCAGCAACCGAUACUUCGACAUCUAUGGACCUCAAGUGAAGCCAGAAAUUGCUUUCAAGACUCCAGAAGCUAGCUUGAAACUGAAUCUGCAGGAUAUUCAAGGACUUGUGACCUGGGUGCUUGCUGAAGGGUUCAUGCCUUCUUGGGUGUUUAUUAAGAACAAGCCUCUUAUUCCAAAAGUGGUUAUGGCUUAUGUGCCUGGCCUAGAUGCAGCUUUGUACUUAUCGAAGCCCAAGUUGUUCGCUGGUUUUAAAGAAUGCUGUGGUAAACCAAAGGCACAGUUAGCUAUUAGCUGUGUAACAGAUCGAACGCAGACAAUAGAUGCUCUUCUAACAUGCAAGUCGAAACGAAAGAGAGAUGAAGUUGAUUCAGGUGCAAAGAAACCUGCCCCAGCUUCUGAACAAGAGAGGAGUGCUUCAGGCCUUGAAAUUUUUUCUUUCUCAGAGCUUGUGAAAGGGGUGCCUUUCCCCCCGGCAUAUUAUACAUUGACAUCUGAACAACUAGAGACCAAUGGGUAUUGUCUUGACCAACCAGGCUUUCUCUCUACCCUUCCUACUCCUGGUAGCUCUCCUCUAUAUGAUAUCCUGGCACUUGACUGUGAAAUGGAAAGCUAUUUGAGUGGGAGAACUUCGGACUUCACUAGACACUCAUUAUCCUUUUAUUGGCAUUUCAAGUGUGUCACCAAAGAUGGUUUUGAGCUAACAAGAAUAACCCUGGUGGAUGUAGCAGGACAGGUAUUGUUGGAUAAAUUGGUCAAACCAGUUAAUGAUAUUGUUGAUUACAAUACAAGAUUCAGUGGAAUUACAAGUGAAAUGCUGAAUGAGGUGACCACGACUCUUAAAGAUGUUCAGGAUGAUUUUCUUAAUCUGGUUAACCAAGAAACCAUCCUCGUCGGUCAUUCCCUUGAGAACGAUUUAUUAGCUUUAAAGAUCUCUCACAAAUUGGUGAUCGAUACUGCUGUGCUAUACAAACAUCCACGAGGUGGCUCUUAUAAAACUGCCCUUCGAAUUCUUGCCAAGAAAUUCCUCUCCAGGGAGAUACAACAAUCUGGUGCUGGACAUGACAGCAUUGAAGAUGCAAGAGCUGCAUUGGAACUUGCAUUGCUAAAGAUAAAAAAUGGACCCGAUUUCGGUUCUCCAUCUUUUACGCGGAAAAAGAUCCUCUCAACGCUGGCCGAGUGUGGCAAAACCUCCUCCAUAAUCGAUGAUAUCUCCAUAGUAAAGCGCUACUCUUCCGAGUCAUCCAAUGCUUUUGCUGUAUGUUCAGAUGAUGAAGCCCUUAUGAAAGCCAAAAAGGAGGUGAAGAACGACCGGACACAUUUCAUCUGGACCCAAUUCUCGGAGUUGAAUUCAUUUUACGAAAAUCAAGCGGAGGAUGAAGAGAAAUUGAAUGGAAAGCUUGCUGAGAUGCUAUCGCUGCUUACGUGUGAGAAGAAGUCUGUCAAUAAGAAAGGCAUUCAUUGUGGGAUGACAACUGAGUUGAAGGACAUCAUAACUCGCUUGAAUGGAAGGAUUCGUGGGCUGUAUGCAGCUUUACCCACUAAUACCAUGCUCAUCAUUUGCACUGGCCAUGGAGAUACUGCAAUCGUCCGUAAACUGAGGAAGAUGUUGUUGGACCAAAGCGAGACGAAUAUGAGUAGGGAGAGCAUUCUGAAGGUCUUGGAAGAGCUUCAAGCCCAAGCAGAAGUAGCUUUGUGUUUCCUAGGCUUGAAGGACUAGCAAGUUUCUUGGCCUGUCAUGAGUUGGAUGGGUACCAUGGGAAGUUGAUGGAACUUCAAGUUUUGUUCGUAUGUAAAGUUGCCAGCCAGGCAGUGAAAACAAGUUCUAUUACCAGAUUGUUAUGUAACAUUAUAAUCAGAUGCUAUGAUAGGAAAAUUGGAAAGAAUUUUACAAUUUGAUUUUAUGAUUCUUAACUGUAUUGACUCCCAUGAAAUUAACAGUUCAACAGUUAAGCAUUUCGUCU